AUGAGUGGACAGGACACCCCAACAAAACUCGGAAACGACCGCUUCACAACAUCUACCGAAACUGUCGAAGAGAACAUAAAGCGCGACACAGUCGGCCUCGUCACAAUCGAUGAGUUUCGGAAGAGAAGGGCUGAGAUUCAAAAUACGAAGGAUCGGGAGGAAACAAAUCCCGGGAAUUCAUUCGCAAGUCAUGCAAGCGCACCCGUAAAGAAGAAGGCGAAGAAAAAGGCAAAGAGCAAACUCUCCUUCCUCGGCGACGAGGAGGAAGGCGAAGACUCCUCAAUACCUACCAGCAAAGCAACCACCCGAUCCGCAACGCCCGCAGAUCAGCCGACAAAGAAAGUCAUGAAGAACCCGGACGUAGACACCUCCUACCUCCCCGACCAUGUCCGCGACUCCGCUCUCCGCGAUCAACGCGAAGCCUCCCGCGUGGCCCUCCUCGCACACCACUCAACCCUUCGCACUUCCCUCGUGACAAUCCCCUACCUCUUCCACUCAUCGUCUCCCUCAUCCUCCUCCGGAAAUGGAAAGGUGGAGAGAGUCGAAAUGAAAAUGGGUGAUACAGCCUACGAGUUCCUAGAGCGGGCACGGCGACCGAAGGAGAUGAGAGGGGAGUGGAAACGGGUUACGGCGGAUGCGUUGAUGAUGGUGAAAGAGGAUUUGAUUAUUCCGCAUCAUUAUGAGAUUCACUCUUUUGUCAAGGAGGGGACGAAGACGAAGAAAGGGUUGUUCUUUGAGUUUGGAGAGGAUGGGAAGAUGGAUGAGAGUGAUGAGACUCGGCUGGUAAAGGUUGUGGAGAAGAGUUGGUAUGAGAAGAAUAAGCAUAUUUACCCUGCGAGUAAGUGGGAGGUGUUUGAUCCAACUAAGGAUUACAGUACGUAUACGGCGAGGGAUCCGGAGAAGAAUGCGUAUUUCUUCAAGAGUUAG